UGGGCUCUGGUGCCCCACUCACAUCUUGCUAUAAAGGUCACUGUCUCCUGCAGUCAACCAGCUCUGCCUGGCUUUGGGUGCUUCCUACUGUCCUACUGUCAGCAUGGCACUGUCUUGGGCUCUUGCAGUCCUGAGCCUCCUGCCACUGCUAGAGGCCCAGAACCCAGGACUUGUCAACCUCACCGCCUUGAACCCAGCACUUGUCAACCUUACAGUCAUACCUAUCACCAAUGCCACCCUGGAGCAGCUCUCUGGCAGGUGGUUCUUCAUUGGCUCAGCCUUUCGCAACCCUGAGUACAAGCUGGAAGCUCAAAAGAUCCAGGCGGAUUUCUUUGACUUUGUUCCCAACCUGACAGAAGACACUAUGCUGGUCCAAGAGUACCAGACCAUAGAGGACAAGUGCAUCUAUACCUCCAGCCAUCUGAGGGUUCAACGAGAGAAUGGGACCUUCUCCAAACUCGAGGGGGACAGAGAGCAUUUCGCACUUCUGCUGCUGCCCAAGGACCCCAAAAUCUUCAUGCUGGCCUUCUCUCUGGAAGACAAGCAGAACCGGGGGCUGUCUUUCUAUGCUGUUAGGCCGAAGGUCACCCUGAAGCAGCAGGAAGAGUUUGAAGAGGCUAUCAUCAGCGCGGGCAUGCUCAAGUCAGAAAUCACAUACGUUGACUGGACGAAGGAUCUGUGUGGGCCGCUGCACAGGCAGAAGGAGCUCGAAAAGAAGGAGGAAAACAAAGAGCCCAAGGAAGAUGUGGCAUAGGGUCAACACUUUGGCAGUCUGGAGAUUGACCUCAUCUCUGACCCCCAGCUCCUUGUGCUUCUGUUCUUCCUCUGCAUCAAUAAAGUUUCUGCUUGCAAAAGUCAGAUUGCUAGUCAUUU